AUGGCCGGGACAACAUACAGACGAUGCCAUCACGCCAUUGAUCUCUCUCCACAUAUCGUGGAUCAGGUGUUGUUUCCGCACAAAGUUAUCCUCAAACAGCCGUUUAAGAAGAUUCCGUUUGAAUCGAUUCAAUGGUUUAACAAGUCGUUGAAUUUGCAACAAAAGCUGGCGGUCGUGGCAUCACUUAAAGGCCACUCCCGUCCCACGCCUUACAUAAUAUUUGGUCCGCCGGGCACUGGAAAGACGGUCACAAUAGUUGAGUCAAUACUACAAGUGUUUGAUAAGUUGGGCGACAGUCGUAUCAUCGCCUGCACCGCAGCCAACAGUUCCGCCGAUUUGAUCGCUCAGAAGCUCUUAGAGAGCGGUCGAGUGUCUGAAACCGAUUUGAUACGUGUGUCGGCAUUGCAUCGUAUGAAUUCAAUCCCAGAAGCGGUUAAGAAAAUCACGCAAUCGGCCGAUGAGGACGAGAAGAAAUGGAUAUACCAUAGGAUUAUAGUGACGACGACAUCG